UGCAGGGAUUUUCAGCCUGAACUACAUGGAAGCAGGCAGAUAACGUGAACGUUGCAGGACAAAUAAUAGAUAAUAAUGGAUGGAUUUCGUAUUCAAUUAUAAUUAAGAACAACGGUGCUUUCCCGUUGAAACUGUUUUGUAUGUCAAGUCUGCUGUGUGCACAAACAACGGCUUGUUUCUCCUUUGGACGACUGGACUUCAGGUUGCUCGAGUGGUGAGGAAGCUAGCUGUCAAGUAACAGUAUCCCACUACCGGCCACAUCAGCACCGCUAAGAUUAGCCACGUUAGCAUCUAUUGUUUGGUGCUGUCUUGCAGAUAUUAAAUUAUGGCAAACAGUAUCAUGAGCAAAGCUGCUACCAUGGAGAUCCCCAUUAACAGCAAUGGAGACACAGGGACUCUGCCAGAGGAUGACAGUCUGGAGCAGGAUUUGCAGCAGGUGAUGGUGUCUGGACCCAACCUGAAUGAAACCAGCAUCGUCUCAGGAGGUUAUGGAGGACCUGCAGGGGGCAUCAUUCCUACCAGCACCAUCAAAGGGCCUGCAGUUCACUUCAACCCUGAGUAUCUGGACAGAAGACGAGCCCGUGCACUGGGACCAGACAUUCGCAUGAAAUCCAGAGGUGUCGGCCUGCCUAACAGCCAAUCUGCAGCCAGUCGACUUGCCCAACACACAGACCAGCAUCCAGGGUCAUCAAACAAUAACGCUGGUAAUUCCACAGAAGAGGUUUCUCGUGGUGUGGCAGUGGAGAAAUUGGACAGUGUAAAGAAAUGGGGCUUAAACACAUACAAGUGUACAAAGCAGAUGUUCUCAGAGAGGUUUGGCAGAGGUUCAAGAACAGUAGACCUGGAACUCGAGGCUCAGAUUGACGUGUUACGAGAGACCAAGAGCAAAUAUGAAAUCAUCCUAAAACUGACCACUGCACUCACCAGUCAUUUUCAAAGCAUGGUGGAGACACAAUCGGCGCUAGGAGACACCUUCACCGACCUCAGCCAGAAGUCCCCAGAGUUGCAGGACGAGUUUGGGUAUAAUGCAGAAACACAAAAGCUGUUGUGUAGGAAUGGCGAGUCUCUCGUCAGUGCCAUCAACUUCUUUGUAUCCAGUAUUGACACCCUGGUCAACAAAACAAUGGAGGAUACUCUGUUGACCAUUAAGCUGUAUGAAAACGCAAGACUUGAGUUUGAUGCCUAUCGUUCUGAUCUGGAGGAGCUGAGUUUGGGCCCUCGGGAUGCAGCUGCCAUGGUCCGCAUUGAGAUGGCUCAGCAUGAUUACCAGAUCCACAGAGACAAAUAUGAAAGGCUGCGCAGCGACGUCACCAUCAAGCUCAAAUUCCUGGACGAAAACAAGGUGAAGGUUAUGCACAAGCAGCUGCUUCUCUUCCACAAUGCUAUCUCAGCUUACUUUGCUGGCAACCAGGAGCAGUUGGAACAAACUCUAAUACAGUUCAAUGUAAAGUUAAAGCCCCCGGGAUCAGACAAGCCAUCCUGGCUGGAGGAGCAGUAAAGAGCGUUUAGGGUUCAGCUGUUUGAGAUGUACAGUGACACGCUGGUCAGUGAAGAACUUGACAUUGUGGUUAGAUGGACAAGAAUGAAAUGCAUAAAGGAGUAUAUUGUAGGAUCAAUUGUGUUCAGUGGUACAGAAAAACAUGAGAUUUCUCCUUUGUAAUGUUUUUCAGUAUCACGUAUUACAUAGACGGUACAACAAUUUCAGUUGUAUUUAGAAUUGUUUUGUGAAGUCACAAAAUUACUUUUUGUUACUUUCGUAUCCUUUAAGUAGCACAAUCAUUUACAUGAAUAUCACUUCUUAUUUACGUACAGUAUAGUCUACUAUUGUGGAGAUACACCUUGGCAGUUUUGCACAUGCAUUAUUUUGUUGUUUUUUAAUGUUGUCGAAAGGGUUAUCUUCUACUUCAGAGUACAUCACAAUUCAACAAAUCAGAUUAGCAAAUUAGUGGGAUGAUGUCAAAAAUGUUAGGAAAUUUCCUAUGCAUGACUAAUUUCAUGACCCUUUUUUAUUUUAUUUAGUUUGACCGAUUUAAUUCCAAAGCAUCCGGAUAUAGCAUAAUUUUCAUAGUUAUCCCACUAUGCUUCUAAUAUCGCGUUGUGGUAUACCUAAUUGAAUAGUCAGUUCACAUGCAUAGAAGGGAGAAUGUGUGUGUAUAUAUAGUGAAUAUAGUGGUUUUCUCUAACCUAAUAUAUAAUCCAUAAUUAGUUUGAUCUUCUAAAUUGUGGGUACCUUCAGAGAUGUCUUUGUCAAUUCAGCGCAGUUACAAGUAUCUAUCUUGUUUACUCCAGAGUUUGUACAUGGAAACAUGCCUCAACAGAUGUUACGCUUAGUAACUCUGCAUCAAUCCAUACAUUGGAUGCUUCAAUAAAUACAACUUCUAAUCUAUCAUAAAAAAAUCCAAAUCCAAAUGCAAGACACAGCCAGUGUUUGAGCGGCUAUGCUAGGCGCCAGGGUCCAGCUAAAAAUCAGUCUUCGAUACUCAUGUUUGAAGUCUUAAAUUCCAAAAUGAAUUACUUAAAUUGAAGUGUCUCUUCAAGGACCGACUGUAUGAGUACAUUUCUUAUUAUGUGUUAUUUAUUUACCUAUCUUUUUGUGACAAAACAUUGUAUGUUAUGUACAUUUCUUUUAAAUUCCAGUCAGCUCAUUGCCUUUGUCUUGUUCUGCAUUUCCAAUAAAAUGUGCUGGAUGUUUUGUUUCACUUAACUGUGCCGUCGACACAGAUCUUUCAGUUUCAUGUGGGAAGAUCUCACAGAUUAUGUACACAAAUCUCACAGUAUGUUAUAUGUAUUGCACCGUUAAUUAUGUACAUGAUAAUACAAUCUGAUAUAUCUUUGA